UCCUGCCCGUCUCCUGUCCUGUCCCGGCACCGCGCUAUAAGACAGCCCGGUGGAGGAGCUCAGUGCCUGCCCACACAGCCGUCCGUUCCAGUCUGCUGAAUCAAAACAGGAACAGAGAUGGAAAGGGAGGCGGAAAUCAGCUCACUGAUCGGCCAGGUGGAACUGAAGGAGAGCCUCGAGAGAGCUGAGCAGAAAUCCCGUGGCUAUAAGGUGCCGGUCACUGAAAUGGACAUGGCUGACCUGGAGAAGGAGAAGUAUCGGGAGCCAGUUAAAGGCAGCAGAGUCCAGGCGGUGAAGGGUGGAGAAAGAGUGAGGAAGACUUCAAGGGAUCUACGUCAAGAAAUAAUCAGUCUGGGUGGAAUCCAAAAUCUAAUAGAACUUCGAAAGAAAAGAAAAGAGAAGAAAAAAAUCCCACCUCCCGAACCAGAGAAGGAGGAAGAGGAAAUUACAGGCCUGGUGGAAGUGUCCGUGUUCUUGACAGCUGCGGUUCGGGGAAAGAUCAAAGUCAUCGAGAGGUAUCUGGCCGACGGAGGAGAUGCUGACGCCUGUGAUGAGUUCAAACGGACUGCUCUGCACAGAGCCUCACUAGAAGGUCACACUGAUAUAGUCAUCAAACUUCUGGAAGGGGGAGCAACGGUUGACUUCAGCGACAGGCUCGACUGCACGGCUAUUCACUGGGCCUGUCGAGGAGGGAGACUGGAGGUGCUGAAGAUUCUGCGGGAGAAAGGGGCCUCAGUGAAUGUCCAUGACAAGCUUCUCAGCACCCCGCUACACGUCGCCACGCGGACUGGCCACGUUGAGUGCGUGGAAUACCUCAUGGCCUGUGGCAUCGACAUCAAUGCCAAGGACCGGGAGGGGGAUACAGCACUACACGACGCAGUCCGACUGAGCCGCUACAAGAUAACCAAACUGCUCAUCUUGCAAGGUGCUGAUUUGAGGACCAAAAAUGCGGAGGGGAAGACUCCAAUUGACUUGGUGCAGCAGUGGCAAAUGGAAACUAAAGGCGCCCUUGCUCAGGCAAACUGAGUUUUAUUAGUGAGACGUCCUUGGAACAGUUUAACCAGGAAACUUGGGCUGUGACCUGAAUCGCAUUUCCACCAAUGAUCACAGCUCACACAUGACAUUACUUCUGCACUGGACUCCGCCAAACCCAGAAGCUCAUCGGCCAAACGUUUAGACCAUGAGACCAUACGAUAUGGGAUCAGAAUUAGGCCAUUCGGCCCAUCAAGUCUGCUGUGCCGUUUCAUCAUGGCUGAUCCAUUUCCCUCUCAGCCACAUUUUUCUGCCUUCUCUCUGUAACCCUUCAUGCCCUGACUAAUCAAGAAUCUAUCAACCUCUGCCUUAAAUAUACCCAAUGACUAGGCUUCGACAGCCACCUCUGACAAUGAAUUCCAUAGAAUUUCACCACUCUCUGGCUAAAGAAAUUACUCCUCACCUCCAUUCUAAAUGGACAUUCCUCUAUUCUGAGGCUGUGUCCUCUGGUCCUAGACUCCCCUACCACAGGAAAUACCCUCUCCACAUCCACUCUGUCUGGGAUUUUCAACAAUCGAUAGGUUUCAAUAAGAUCCCUCCUCCUUCUUAUGAAUUUCAGUGAAUACAGGACCAGAGGCACUCUUCAUUUGAUAAGCCUUUCAAUCCCAGAAAUAUUUUUGUGAACCUCCUUUGAACCCUCUCCAAUGUCAGCACAUCUUUUCUUAGAUAAGAGGCCCGAAACUGUUGACAUAUUCCAAGUGAGGCCUCACCAGUGCCUUAUAAGGCCUCAGCAUUACAUCCUUGCUUUUCCAUUCUAGUCCUCUCAAAAUGCAUUUGCCUUCCUCACCAUGGACUUCCAGGGGUAGUGGAGGUAUAAUUUGUCCUUCAGUGCUGAUCACCCCAUCCUUGACCAAGCUGUUCCACCGUGAACACGAUCUGUUAUGAGUCAACAUGAUGCUUUCAGAUCAGGUCAUACAUAGCACAUACCUCCGCCGCACUGCUCAGGUAUGUUUCUGGGUACAGGGGCUAGCGACCCUUGUGCCUGUUAUGUGUUCUAUCGCUGAGCAGCAGUGAACCAUCUGAUGGGCCUAUCGGAGUUCUCUUUGGGAACUAGUUGACUUGAUCAGCAUUUCUGAUCUGGCUAUUGUUCACGAUUGCACUUAAUAAAAAAAAAGACUCAAUCUGCAAAUUAACCCUUAGAAAAUCCUGUAUGAGGACUCCCAAAUCCCUUUGCAUCUCAGAUUUCUGAAUUUUCUCUCCAUUUAGAAAACAGUCUGUGUUAUUAUUUCUUCUACCAAAGUGCAUGACCAUACACUUCCUGACACAGUAUUCCAUCUGCCACCUCUUCGCCCACUCUCCUAAUCUGUCUAAAUCCUUCUGCAGCCUCUCUGUUUCCUCAACACUACCUGCCCCUCCACCUGUCUUUGUAUCAUCCACAAACUUGAGCCACAGAGGUAUCAAUUCCAUCAUCCAAAUCAUUGGCAUACAACAUAAAAAGAAGCUGUCCCAACACCAACCCCUACAGUACACCACUGGUCACCAGCAGCCAACCAGAAAGGGCUCCCUUUAUUCCUAUUAUUUACCACCUGCCAAUCAGCCACUGCUCUGUCCAUGUUAGUAUUUUCCCUGUAAUGCCACGGGCUCUUACCUUGUUCAGCAGCCUCAUGUGUGCCACCUCAUCAAAGGCCUUCUGAAAAUUCAAGUACACAACAUCUACCGAUUUUCCUUUGUUUAACCUGCUUGUUAUUUCUUCAAAGAAUUCCAACAGGUUUGUCAGACAAGUUUUUCCCUUGAGGAAGUCAUGCUGCCUACGACCUAUUUUAUCCAAAUACCGGGACACCAUGUCCUUAACCAUCGAGUCAAUGUUCCCUCUAAGGUGUGCACAUGUUUGUGCGCACAGGUCUUUUGCUACUAGUGCACAAAGGAACUUAGUCUUGCGAGACCAUGGAUCUGCGCCUGGAAAGUCUUCACUCUCCAGGGCACAGGCCUGGGCAAGGUUGUAUGGAAGACCAGCAGUUGCCCAUGCUGCAAGUCUCCCCUCUCCACGACACCAAUGUUGUCCAAGAGAAGGGCAUUAGGACCCAUACAGCUUGGCACCGGUGUCGUCACAGAGCACUGUGUGAUUAAGUGCCUUGCUCAAGGACACAACACGUUGCCUCGGCUGGGGCUCGAACUCACGACCUUCAGGUCGCUAGUCCAAUGCCUUAACCACUUGGCCACGUGCCCACACAAAACAGCGCACGAAAGGUUGUCGUGCUCAACCUCGUUGGCAUGUUAAAUAUAUUUCAUGAUUGUACUCAAUCACGUUUUCUUUUCCGGUUUCUGAUGUAGAUGGUGUUGACAAUGUGGAGUUUGCGAUGAUUUGUCCGCAGAUUUUAGAACUGGCUUAUUUAUUCUGUUUUUAUUGAAAAAAUUAUUGAUUCAGUAUGUCGAAUUCCAAAGAAGCAAAGGGCGUGAAGCGCAAAAGACCUGUUAGUUUGUUAAAGUGAAAUGGCUUAAUGAAACAGUAGAAACUGCUACACCGAAAGCUCAUGAGAUCAGGAAUGUGCAGCUACAAGAAGUAUUUAUGUACAAUACAGAAACUGGUGUUACCUGUGUGUAUUGUUGCGAUGCAAAAGUUGCUGGAGAAUUUGCAAGUGGGAAAAAGUGGAGUGAUGUUUGGAAACUUGACUUUCUGAAGCGUUAUUUAGCAAGCAAAUCACAUAUGGAUGGUGUGCAAAAGCUCUGGCGAGAAAAUCCUUCAUUACCCGCAACAGGCCUGCUACAUAUGUUUUGUAAGAGUGCAGAUGAACGAGAGUGAAAACAAUCAAACCCAGAGGAGAUCAAAGUUCUUAUUGACAGUGUUUUGCCAGCUGUUAAAAUGAAUUCCUCUAUAUAUAAAAUUCAGUGCGCACAUGUUGUUGUCACCGGGCAAAUAAUUGCACAGCACAAGAUUUUUGCACACACUGAUCAUUACAAAUUAGAGGGAACAUUGCAUUGACUCUAACAUUUUGUCAACCACUGAGGUCAGGCUAACUGGCACAUAAUUUCCUUUCUUCCGCCUCUCUCCCUUCUUGAGGAGUGGAGUGACAUUUGUAAUUUUCCAGUCUUCCGGAAUCAUGCAAGAAUCUAUUGAUUCUUGAAAGAUCAUUACCAAUGCCUCAAUAAUCUCUUCAGCAAACUCUUUUGGAAACUUGGGGUGUAGACCAUAUGAUCCAGGUGAUUUAUCUACCUUCAGACCUUUCAGUUUCCCAAGCACCUUCUCGCUAGUAAUAACAACUUCACUCACUUCUGCCCAUUGACAGUCUCGAACCUCUUACAUACUGCUAGUGCCUCACCCUGUACUACCUCUCCGGUAUAAUGUUUGAUAUCUACUCUCGCCUCUCUUUUAAUCUUUAUCUAUCUGAAGAAGCUUUUGCUACAUUCUUUAAUGGUUAUUAGUUAGCUUACCUUCAUAUUCCAUCUUUUCCGUUUUUAAGACUUUUUUAGUGCCCUUCUGGUAGUUUUUAAAAGCUUCCCAAUCCUCUAACUUCCCACUAAUAUUUGCUCUAUUAUAUGCCCUCUCUUUGGCAUUUAAGUUGGCUUUGACUUCUCUUGUCAGCCAUAGUUGUGUCGUACUGCCUUUAGAAUACUUCGUCUUUGGACGUAUCUAUCCUACACCUUCCAAGUUGCUCCCAGAAACUCCAGCCAUUGCUGCCCUGCUGUCAUCCCUGCUGGUAUCCCCUUCCAGUCAAUUUUGGCCAGCUCCUCUCUCAUGUGUUUGUAAUUCCCUUUACUCCACUGCAAUACUGGCAAAUUUGACUUUAGCUUCACCGUUUCAAAUUGCAGGAUGGUUUCUAUCACAUUAUGAUCAGUUUUCCCCUAAGGGCCCCUUUACCUUAAGCUCUCUAAGCAAUUUUGGUUCAUUUCACAACACCCAAUCCAGAAUAGCCAAUACCCUAGUGGGCUCAACCACCAGCUGCUCUAAAAAGCCACCUUGUAGGUAUUCUACAAAUUCCCCCUCUUGAGAUCCAGCAUCAUCCUGAUAUUCCCAAUCUACCUGCACAUCGAAAUCCCCCAUGACUAUUGUAACAUUACCCUUUUGAAUGCAUUUUCUACCUCUUGUUGUAAUUUGCAUCCCACAUCUUUUCUACUGCCUGAAGGUCUGUAUUAACUCCCUUCUUUAAAACCUUCUCCCAAAGGCACAAACUUAGCCAAGCAGUUUAAUGACUGCUUAUCUAAAUUUAUGUCAUUGGGAGAAGGCAUUGGGCUGUAGGAUUAACAGAACCCAGAUAAAAAUAAGGCUCUUAAGGAUAAUUAAGAAGUUUGCAGAGUAGCGCAGCAGAGGUCAGACUCAACCCUGACCUCUGGCACUGUCUGUGUGGAGUUUGCUCGUUCUCACAGAUAACGUGCAAACCCCAUGUAGUUUGUGGUACUAAUCUGAAAUGGAUUAAAUUGUGAGGAGAGGGUGUAUAAAUUUGGUACAAGAUUCCUUGAAGAGCACACAAGGAGUUGACUAACACACACAAAAUGCUGGAGGAACAGCAAGUCAGGCAGCAUCUAUGGAGGGGAAUAAACCAUUGAUGCUUCAGGCCGAUUUCCUCCAUAGGACUGGGAAGGAAAGGGACAAAAGGCAGAAUAUGAAGGCUGGGAGAAGGAGGGGAGUGUAUGCUGGAGGGUGAUAGGUAAGAUCAGGAGAGAGGGAAAGUGGGGAUGAAGUGAGAAGCUGGAAGGUGAUAGGUGGAAGAGGUAAAAGGCUGAGGGAGAGGUCAGUGCACCAUGGAAGAAAUGGAAGGGAGAAGGACACCAGAGGGAGUGAGGAGAAGAGAAAGGGUGAGAGAGGAACCAGAAUGGGGAAUAGAAAAGGUAAGAAGGAGGGAGGAGGGAGAGAUUACCAGAAAUUGGAGAAAUUGAUGAUUUUGCCAGCAGACUGGCCCUGCCUUCAUGGGCUGAAGGGCCUGUUUCUGUGUUAUACAACCUCAUGGUUGUAUAACAGUGGGGAACAAAUGGCUGCAAUGUCACAAGCAAGGCUGCUGAGAGCUAACAUUAGAGCACAAUGUUGCGUUACAAAUCACCCAAAUGCUACCUUCACCGAAUAGAUGAAAUUGUGAGAAGAGGUUGCAUAAAUUUGAUUUAAGCUUCGUUGGAGAGCACAUAAAGAGUAAGCCAUUCUACCCUUAAACCUCUCCUGCCAUUUUUUGGGAUCUUGACUGUCUUAGAGUCGUAGAGCUAUAGAAAAGUACAGUGCAGUAAAUAGGGUCAUAGAAAACUAAAGCACAGAAACAGGCCCUUCAGCCCAUCUAGUUAAUGCCAAACCAAUUAAACUGUCUAGUCCCAUCAACCUGCACCCAGAUCAUAGCCCCCAUACCCCUACCAUCAACGCACCAAUCCAGACUUCUCUGAAACAUUGACAUCAAGCUUGAAUACAUCACCUGCAUUGGCAGAUCAUGCCACAGUCUCAUGACCCUCUGAGUGAAGUUGUUUCCCCUCAGGUUCCCCUUAAACAUUUCACCUCUCACCCUUAACCCAUGACCUCUAGUUGAAGUCCCUCCCCACCUCAAUGGAAGAGCCCUGCUUACACUUGCCCUGUCUAUACCCCUCGUUGUUUUGUAUGCCUCUAUCAAAUCUCCUCUCAAUCUUCUAUGUUCUAAAGAAUACAGUCCUAACCUAUUCAAAUUUUCCUUAUAACUCAGGUCCUCGAAUCUCAGCAAUAUCUUCAUAAAUUUUCUCUGUACUCUUUCAACCUUAUUUACAUCUUUCCUGUAGGUAGGAGACCAAAACAUCUUUCCUGUAGGUAGGAGACCAAGACCUGUAUUCGCAGAUCCCUUUGUUCUAACACUCUGCUCGGUGUAAGACCCACCCCAGCUGGUCCUGUCAAAGUGCAACAUCUUGUAUUUGUCUGUAUUUUUCAGCCCAUUUUUACAGCUGGUCCAGAUUCUUCUACAGGCUAUGAUAGUUUUCCUCACUGCUCACUUCACCACCUGUCUAGGGGUCAUCUGCAAAUUUGCUGAUCCAGUUAACUACAGUAUUAUCCAGAUCAUUGAUACAGGAGAAAAACGACAACAGAUCCAGCACCGAUCCCUGCAUCACUCCACGAAUCACAGGCCUCCAGUCAGAGAGGCAACGUGUACUACCACUCUCUGGCUUCUCCCACAAAGCCAAUGUCUAAUCCAAUUUACUACCUCGUCAUGAAUGCCAAGUAACUAAACCUUCCUGACCAAACUCCCAGGUGGGACCUUGUCAAUUGCCUUGCUGGGGUCCAUGUGGACACCAUCCACUGUCUUGCCUUCAUCAACUUUCCUGAUAACUUCCUCAAAAAACUCUAUAAGAUUGCAACCUACCACACACAAAACCAAAGCCCUAUUAACACGGUCAUACCUUUCUUAUUCCUCAGUUCCACCCAUAAAGCCUCACUAGAUGAGUUCUCCAGUCUAUCCUGACAUUUUCGCUGACUAGUCACACCACAACUUCCCUUUUAGUUCCUCCCACUCUAUCACAUCUAAACGGGACCGCUGGAUACUGAGCUGCCAGUCCUGCCCCUCCUGCAACCAAAUGGCUAUAAUAUCAUAAUUCCGUGUGUUGAUCCAUGCCCUGAGCUCACCUGCUUUCCUAUCAUAGUCUUGCAGCUUAAACAGUAAUCUCAUCAUUCCAAACCUUUUGAUUCCUGACACUGUCUGAGGUCUUAGCAACAUCUGUCUCCACUACCCCUCCACUAUCUGUUCUGGCACUUUGGUUCCUAUCCCCCUGCAUCUCUAGUUUAAACAUUCCCGUGUAGUGCGCUAGCAAACUCUGCCAUGAGGAUAUUAGUCCCCUUCUUCUGUACGGGUCCCACCCUCCCUGGAAGAGAACCCAAUGAUCCAAAAAUCUGAUGCCUUCCCUCCUACACCAAAUCCUUAGCCACAUUCUAAAUUGCAUGAUCUUCCUAUUUCUGGCCUCAUUAGCAUGUAGCAUGGGUAGCAAUCCUGAGAUCACAACCCUGGAGGUUCUGUCCAUUAACUUUGCACCUAACUCCCUGCACUCACUCAUCCUAGCCGUGUCACUGGUACCUAUGUGGACCACGACCUCUGGCUGUUCACACUCCCACUCACGUGUGCUGAGAACUCAAUCCCAGACAUCCCGAACCCUGGCACCCGGGAGGCCACAUGCCAUCUGGCAACACACCUCUUUACCUCGCACGGACCCACCUGCACCCCUGCAUUCCAAAACAAACCCAUCCUGACCCUGAAUACAUUCAACAUCUGAUCGCAGUAUAGAGAGUUCUGUCGAUGAACAAUCCUCCCAGUGAAGACAUUUCUGUUCCUCUCUUUGCUAAAGCUCUAACCUUAUCCCAAGUCUGUAAGUCCUGAUUCCAGACAGUAAACUCGGUCUCUUUUGAUGA